UAGCAGACGCAGGAUGAUGACGUUUAUGUCCAUCAGCUGAUUGGGAGACUGGAGUAGAAUCAGAACUGCGUUAAGAUCAAAUUCGAUUGUCAUUGAAUUAUGAAGCUCCUUGUUGGAGGUUAUUCAUGGAUUGUAUAAAAUGACUUUUGGGUUCCACAUCUGUCCCUGUACAGAUUUCCCCCUGAUAGUUGCUCCGUUCCUCUCCGUCCUCCCCAUGGUUCAGUAGAGCUCCAGAGCUCCAGAAUGGAUAAAAUUCUUGAAGGACUGGUGAGCUCAUCACACCCGAUCCCUGUGAAGCGGGCCAUAGUGAAGAUGGUGGUAGAGGCGGCUGAGAAAGAGGUGACCCCGGAGCAGUGUCAAGCCCUUUUUCAUCUCACUGCACGCCUCAUCCUGCUGGGCGAAGAGGCCUUCCAGCGGCAGGUGGGUCACCAGGUGCAGGAGGCGUACGCUCGCUACCACCGGGACGAGUUUGCCCGCUUCCUGAGUAAGGACUAUGUCCUGGACUUGCUGCGUCAGGGCUACGGCCCUCUGGACCGCCGAGAUCCGGCCAUAUUGGACUUCCUCCACGGUUGCCUGCGGCUUCUUAUCAGUUGCCCGGCUGUGCUAGACCUGGCGCCGGUGCUACAGACUGAGGUCCUGCGCAUGGUCUGUGAGCGACCUGACGCCGUGUUCUGCAGCAAGCUCGCCAUGCUGCUCAGCGAUUUUCCCCAGUGUGUACCGCGCAACAAAGCUGCCGUGGUGCUCUGCCAGCAGUUUGUGCGAACUUUUGCACAUUUCCAGUGUCCGGCAGCCGAGGAGGCAAAGCUUAGGCGCUACGUAGGGAAUGUGGGUUGUGUGGCCGCCCUGCUGCAGGGGAUCUGGAAGGCCGAGCCAGCCACCCUUCUGCCCUCACUGCAGGAAGUCUUCGCUAUUAUCUCCUCAACAGAUCCAUCCACUGAACCCUCAAUCGCUCUGGCGAGUCUGGUGCAGCACAUCCCUCUGCAGAUGAUCACAGUUCUCAUCAAGAGUCUCACCACUGACCAAAACGUUAAAGACGCCAGCAUGACACAGGCACUCAGCAGGAUGAUCGAUUGGCUUUCAUGGCCGUUGGCCCAUCACGUAGACACCUGGGUUAUUGCUCUUCUGAAGGGACUGGCUGCCGUACAGAAGUUCACCAUCCUCAUCGACGUCACCUUGCUUAAAAUCGAACUGGUCUUUAAUCGUCUGUGGUACCCCAUAGUGAGACAGGGGGCAUUAGCAGUUCUCUCUCACAUGUUGCUGAGCUUCCAGCACUCACCGGAGGCCUUCCAUCUGGUGGUCCCCCACAUAGUACCGCUGGUGAAGACUUUGCAGAGCGAUGGCCUCCCUAACAGCGAAGCCUUCCUGCUGCAGUUCACCGAGCUCAUCCACUGCAUGAUGUACCAGUACUCUGGCUUCCCUGACCUUUAUGACAGCAUCCUCAAAGUCAUUAAGGACCUCCCUAAACCCAGUGAAGAGAAGAUAAAGUAUGUUCUGAACCAAAGUGCCUGGACCUCGCAGUCAAACUCUUUUGCCUCUGGACUGCUGAGGAUUACGUGCAAAUCGGAGACGGGGAAGACCGGACUCAUGAACUUGGGCAACACGUGCUAUCUAAACAGCAUCAUUCAGGUGCUGUUCAUGGCUACAGAUUUUAGACGACGCGUAUUGUCUCUGAACCUGAACGGCUCCGAUAUGCUGAUGAAGAAACUGCAGCUGCUUUUCGCUUUCUUGGCACAUACUCAGCGAGCAGCGUACGCACCGAGGAGCUUUCUCGAUGCCUCACGGCCGCCCUGGUUCACCGUGGGCUCCCAACAGGACUGUUCUGAGUAUCUCCGCUUUCUUUUAGACAGGCUGCACGAGGAGGAAAAGACUCUUCUUGCUCUCCAGACAGCCAAACCUAAGAUCCGGUUCUCUGACUCUGAGGGUACGGACGAUACACAAGCUCAGACCAACACUCUGUCUCGUUCCCAGACUAAACUGGCGGAUGCCGAGGGUGAUGCACGGACUCUGGUGGAGCGGAUGUUUGGCGGACGUCUGUCCACGAGCAUCCGCUGCUUGCAGUGCCACAGUCUUUCUGAGAAAGAGGAACCGUUUACUGAUCUUUCUCUCGCUUUUUGCCCAACGGGCACGAUGGGUUCCUCCCACCAGGGGGCGGUAAACGGCGGCAGUGAGAACCCUGAAGGCGCAACAAAGGAUGAGCGGAGCGAGGAGAGACCCAAGACGGAGGCAGUGCUGUCCCUGUCAGAUCUGCUCGAGUAUUUCCUGGCACCAGAGAUCCUGGAGAAGGAGAAUUGUUACUUCUGCGAACGCUGUGGCUCCCUGCAGCGGGCAGAAAGAGCCAUGCACGUGGUAACUGCCCCCGAGUACCUCAUCCUUACUCUUUUGCGCUUCUCGUAUGACUCGACGUGCCACGUGCGACGCAAAAUCCUGGACAACGUAGACACCCCACUGCACAUGUAUCUGCCUGUUCGACCCCACGGCACGUCCUCAUUUUCCUCUUCUUCGUCACCACAGUCUGUGCAUAUGGACUCUCCAGACAGUGGCGAGAACUUGGCCAAGAAGCUGAAACCUUCUCAUAAAGAGAAAGAGGAGGAAGCCGAAGGUGUAACGGACAGCGGGAUAGAGAGCGGGAGAAGGGACUGGGGGUCAGGGGAGCGGUGUGUACCUUACGUUCUGUGUUCUGUAGUGAUGCAUUCUGGGAUGUCCUCAGAGAGCGGACACUACUACUCGUACAGCAGGAACACGAGCGGUACAUCAACCAAUCCUUCUUUUAAGAGUCCGGAUUCAGAUUCCGGUGUCGGCGUUUCAGAGAGCUCAAGAGCGUCACAGGAAGAACUGGAGCAUGCAGGGCAAGUCUCCAAGGAAUGGCUCCUGUUCAACGACAGCAGAGUGACCUUUACCAACUUCCAGUCCGUGCAGAACAUCACUAGCCGUUUCCCCAAGGACACGGCCUACGUCCUGAUUUACAGGAAGCAGGAAGAAGGCGGGGAACAGGCUGGAGGUUCGAGAGCUACCGUGAACGGCUCGAGGCUCAACGGGGAACCACCUCUUCAUAAAGAUCUGAUGGAUGCCAUCACCAAAGACAACAAACUCUUCCUACAGGAGCAGGAGCUUAACGCGAGGGCCCGUGCUCUCCAGGCCGCCUCGGCCUCCUGCUCGUUCCGUCCCAACGGCUCAGAUGACAACGAGCCCCCGGGUAGCUUCGGGCCCUCGGGUGGAGGAGGAGGAGGAGGAGGAGGAGGAGGCUUCAGCACUGUUAGCAGACUGGUCUUCUGAGAGUGGGAUGCUUUCACACUGGACUCAAACACUCAACACUGGACCUCCUUCUGUCUGAAUCCAACAUACAGACAUUCUCAAUAACUCAAAAGCACCUCACAAGCUCACAACCUCCUUCACCUACAUAUCCUUUUUUUUUUCUUUUCAUUUUUAAAGCCUUCAUGCAAAGUGUUCACACAAAAUGCACAUUGGUAAAACUUUAUUGUAAAACAUCAAGGACCCCUGUGUAAUACAUCGCAUAAUACAUAGAGAAAUGUCAGGGACUUUUAUGAAACGUCAGCACUAGAGAUUUGAUCUUAUUUCGGGUCUUUACAUGAAAGGGAGAAGAGAGAACAACCGCAAGACGGAAUAAACGGAUUUCUUUAUCAACAGCACAGUUAUGACACCACGAAAGCUCUAGAAGGUUUACAUUAGGACUUAAGUGGUAGAAAUGCAAAUCUGAUCAGUCAGAGUGCAAGAAUUAAGAGUGCGUUCAUUCGUUCAAUCGCACGGGGUUAAAAAUUUAAAUGUAAAUCGUAUCGAAAUGUCGCUUCAUAAUGCAAAUGCAGUGCUUCAGCUGCAACGCCGUAGUGAUCAGCAGACCGUCACGACACACCUUUCAGUACAAAACACGACAAACGCAGUAAGCCGUAAUGAGCUAUAAUGAUAACUGAAGGUUCUUCUGUCUUCUUUCUUUUAUUUCAAAAACAAAGCAAUAUACUUCGUACUUCAAAAAUAAAAAAGUUUGUCAUGUCGUUGAAUUUUGAGACACAAAUCCUCAGCUGUUGCGUUAUUAUUUUUUGUGCAAUGCUUACGAAAGUGUUAGGAAGGUCCCUCUAUAUACAGUGUUACCAUUUUUCCCCUCUUUCUUCUUCCCAUCUUCAUAGUUAACAUGUUUUGGUUGCAUUAGCUUCUGUAAAGAAAUCAGAUUUUCGCCGUAUAUUUUUUCUUUUCUUGUCAUUCUCCACUCAGAACUCAGAGCCGUCAUACUUGAACGAGCGUCCGUCUAACUGUCUGAAGGCGCCGCGGCGUACCUGUAUACCUACAGCACGCGGACGGAUCAACUGACGUGUUGCAAUACGUUUACACGGAAGGAUGCAAUACAAAUUUUUUUUUUUUUUUUGAUUUCUUUGUGGAAUUCCAGCUGGACUUUAACAGCAAAAAUAAUAUCACUGAAUUGUACUGGGAUUAAAAAAAACCAUGGGUGUGUGUGAAGAGAUUAUCUUGCAUGCUGAAUAUUUAAAUCUGGUCUCUUUUUUUCCUGCAGUUUUGCUGUUUUUAGUCGUUUUUCGCUUUCAGGGAGAAUUUUUUUAUAUUUUUUUUUUCUCCUGUUGAUUUUAAACUGAUUUUAUGUGCCUUUUGAUACAUAUUUACGAUUUUACAGGAAAAUGUGACUGGGUUAUAAAAAAAAACAAAAAAAACAAAACAAAAAAAAAGCCUUGUGUAGCUAUAUGGUGUUAAUAUUUGGUGGUUUUUAUUUCCUAACAGUAAAGGUUCAUGGAUGAGCAACGGCUGAUUUAAUAAAUGUAUAAAUAUUUCGAAUGUAUAUAACGUGUAUAGCGCUGCUUCUAAUCUGGAUCGGUAAUUUAUUAAGGAGAUCAUGGCUGAAAUUUACUAAAUGAUAUUAACAGUGGUGUUUUAUGCAAACUUUUACAAAUUAAAGGACGUUAAAGGAGUUUUUUUUAGACCUUUGUAAAACAGUCUGAAAGAAAUAACCCGAGUCUACUUUAUAGUAAUAAUAAAAAUAUAGAAAUGAUCACAGUUACAAACUGCAACUAGAGUUUCGUCCUGUGGAGAAAACUAGCAGGAUGUGUUUAUUCUUAAAAAAUAAAAUAAAAAGGACUUAAGUCUCGUGCUAUAUCUUUUUAGUUACACAUCAACUAAACAUGUGAUUAUAUUGUAACUACUGAGAAUGUUUACACUGGUUUACAAAUGGAUCCCAGCAGGACAUCUUGUAUAAAUACACAGUUUGUUAACUUUUGUCUUGUGUAAUUUUAGUAAGAUUUGAUUACAACACUGCCUGCAUGCCAGCUGUGCAGGAAGUGUCUUCCUUUUUUUAAAGAAGUAGUUCCCAAUAGUUCUGUUGCAAGAAGUAUUCAUCCCUUUGAAUUUUAAUACACGUCUAUAUUUUUUUUUCUCAUUUCAAGCUAGAACUGAAAUGAAUGUGAUUCGUUUUAUUUUAUUUUUUCCUUUUUUUAACUUCUUGGAAUUUUAGUGGACAGCCUCGUAGUUGUGUUGUAUUCCUUUUGUUUUUAAAUAACGGAUCCUCAACAGGAUGUUCAGGAAGG